AUGGCGGCCCAAAAUCAAAUGCAUAAUUUGACAACGCUCAUCAAACGACUUGAAGCCGCAACCUCACGCCUAGAGGACAUCGCUUCCUCUACAGAACUCCCCAAAGAUGUCCCCGGUCUUGCCCAGCCCGCAACCCCUCAGUCGGAAACUGCUGCAACCCCGCUGCCACCCGCCCCGAAAGAGCCUCAGGAGGCGCUGCCCGAGUCUAUCGAAGACUUCGAUGUUUUCUUAAACACGAGCCUUGAUAAAUAUAUCAAACUCAGCAGUCAGCUGGGCGGAGUUGUUGCUCAGCAGGCAUCGGAGGUUCUCAGGGGCUUCCAAGAACAACGAAAAUUCCUGCUCAUUGCUACCAAGGCGGCAAAGCCGAGCACCUCAGGAUCUAGCUUGACUGUUUACCAGAACUUGCUUAAACCUAUCAACGAUGCUGUCAUGGCCGCGACCGAACUCAAGGAAUCAAACCGACCCGACCCAAUGUACAGCAACUUGAGCGCUGUUGCGGAUGGAAUCAUGGUGAUGGGCUGGGUUACUGUUGAUCGCCGCCCAUACAGCUUCGUCGAAGAAUCUUUGGGCGCCGCGCAGUUCUUCGGCAACAGGGUUCUGAAGGAGCAAAAGGACAAUGACCCUAAACAAGUUGAGUGGGUGCAAUCUUUCUACCAGAUCUUCCAUGACCUCGGCGAUUACAUCAAACAGCACCAUGCCUCUGGUGUCGCUUGGAACCCGAGAGGAGAACCAGCCGAGGAAGUCGCAAAGACAUUGACUGCUGGCAAAGCGUCGCAACAGCCUCCGCAGAGCAGCACUCCAUCAGCUGGCGCGCCACCACCACCUCCUCCGCCGCCGCCGCCCGGACCAGCCCCGAUCUUGGAUAUACCAGUCGAAUCUGCAAAGCCGGCCAACGCGGCCCCCGCCGGGGGCUUUGGAGCAGUGUUCUCAGAACUGAACAAGGGCGAAUCCGUGACCAAGGGCCUACGUAAGGUGGACAAGUCAGAGAUGACACACAAGAACCCUGCUUUGCGGACAGGAUCCACGGUCUCAGAGGCUCCCCGGGCUAAGAGUCCUGUCCCAGGCAAGAAGCCCAAGCCUGAAAGCAUGAGGGUUAAGAAGCCAGCGAGCAAAGUUCUUGAGGCCAACAAGUGGACCAUUGAAAACUACGAUAAGGAGCCCGCGCCAGUAGAGAUUGAUGCUUCCAUUACCCACUCCGUACUGAUCAGCCGGUGCAACAACACCACUGUCAUUAUCAAGGGCAAGGCAAACCAGGUCACGGUUGAAAACUCUACUCGGCUAUCCCUCGUUGUUGAUUCGCUAGUCUCCACCGUAGAUGUGGUAAAGGCGAAUAACUUUGCGCUCCAAGUACUUGGAAUCGUGCCCACCGUCAUGCUGGACCAGAUCGAUAGCGCGCAGAUUUAUCUCAGCAAGGAGAGCUCCACUACCAAACUGUUCACAAGCAAGAGUGAUGGAAUUAAUGUGAACAUCCUGGCUGGGGCGGAUGAGGACUACAAGGAGGUGCCGCUGCCUUCUCAAAUCUGCCACUAUUACAGUGAAGAAAAGGGCGAGAUGGUGAGCGAAAUCGUGGCCCACGCAGGAUAG